UGGAAAGACCUGGCAAAGCGAUUAAGAUUCAAAGAGACGUACACGGACUGUGGAGCUAAGCCACCCACACGAACACGAUAAGGUAGAGCGAACAGCAAAGUGAUCACCACCACCCAACCACUUUCACGUCACGCCGUUUCAAUGGGCCUUUAAUGGGCUCUCCUUUUUCAUAAACCCGUUUUGUUUUAUCUUUCUACGCGCCGGUACAAACCAUAAAAAAAGUUCCGGUCGUCAAUUUCACCAUCGGGCGACGAUUAUGGAAUUAGUCGCAUUGCUCAUAAAGGUCGCCGGUCUUUUGGCCACUAUCACCGUCGGAGCCAACGCAUACUCCUACUCUCGUUUCCGUCGCCAGAGCCUCUCUAAGUUUCGCUCUCCAAUCGACGAAUCUAAAGAAGUUCUCGCCGAUUUCAAUUCCAUUGAACACAAGGAAGGCAAAUUCUUCUUUGGGUUGGCUACUGCUCCUGCUCAUGCUGAGGACGAUCUUGAUGAUGCUUGGCUCCAGUUUGCAAAAGAAACACCAUGUUCAGAUGCAGAGGUCACUGAUAAGAAAGCUAAGAGGAAGAAAGUUAAGCUUGCUGUGGGAGCUAUAACCAAAGGUUUGGCGAAGAACUCACAUGGGAAAGAAGAUAAGUCUGCAGCUGAUAAGCCACCCGUUAAAAAUGUAGCUGCUUGGCAUAACGCUCCCCAUGCGGAGGAAAGGCUUAAAUUUUGGUCAGAUCCUGACAAAGAAGUGAAGCUAGCCAAAGAUACUGGCGUUACUGUCUUUAGAAUGGGAAUCGAUUGGUCUAGGAUCAUGCCAGUAGAGCCUACCAAAGGAAUUAAGGAAGCAGUUAACUAUGAGGCCCUUGAACACUACAAAUGGAUACUUGGUAGAGUUCGUUCAAAUGGAAUGAAGGUGAUGCUAACUUUGUUUCAUCAUUCAUUGCCACCUUGGGCUGCUGAUUAUGGUGGCUGGAAAAUAGAGAAGACAGUUGACUACUUUAUGGAAUUUACCAGGCUUGUUGUGGAUUCCAUGUACGAUUUGGUAGACUCUUGGGUGACAUUUAAUGAACCCCAUGUCUUCACCAUGCUUACCUACAUGUGUGGAUCUUGGCCGGGUAACAACCCUGAUUUUCUGGAGAUAGCUACAUCUACUCUACCUAUGGGUGUAUUUCAUCGAGCCUUACACUGGAUGGCUGUUGCUCACUCAAAGGCCUAUGACUACAUUCACGGGAAAUUUUCUUUGAAAAAACCUUUGGUAGGGGUUGCACACCAUGUCUCCUUUAUGCGACCAUAUGGGCUCUUUGAUAUCGGGGCCGUUACUAUUACAAAUUCUCUCACUAUGUUUCCAUAUAUCGAUAGCAUUUGUGAGAAGUUGGAUUUCAUAGGCAUCAACUACUACGGACAGGAAGCAGUGUGUGGUGCUGGACUAAAGCUUGUAGAGACUGAUGAAUACAGUGAAUCUGGAAGAGGGGUAUAUCCUGAUGGUCUCUACCGCGUGUUGUUGAUGUUCCACGAGAGAUACAAACAUCUGAAAGUUCCUUUCAUCAUCACAGAAAAUGGCGUGUCUGAUGAGACAGAUGUGAUUCGACGACCUUACCUGAUCGAGCAUCUCCUUGCCCUUUAUGCUGCAAUGCUUAAGGGUGUCCCUGUGCUUGGUUACAUAUUCUGGACUAUUUCCGACAACUGGGAAUGGGCUGAUGGAUAUGGUCCAAAAUUUGGACUUGUUGCGGUUGACCGAUCCCAUAAUCUUGCUCGAACCCUUCGGUCGUCGUACCAUCUCUUCUCCAAGAUAGUUAAAAGCGGAAAAGUCACUCGUAAAGAUCGGUCUCUUGCAUGGAACGAACUCCAGAAAGCUGCCAAAGCAGGAAAACUACGGCCAUUCUAUCGAGCCGUUGAUAAUCAUAGUCUUAUGUACGCAGAUGGUCUCGACAAGCCUCAAUGGAGACCUAUCGUUGACCGUGACUGGCGUUUUGGUCACUACCAAAUGGAUGGUCUUCAAGACCCGUUGAGUCGCGUGGCUCGAACCCUUCUCAUAUGGCCGGUUAUCAUGAAAAAGAGGAUAAGAAAAGUGAAGAUCAAGCACACUGAUGAUGCUGGGCUCAUUCUACAUCCCGCUUUAGCCUCACCCUUUGACUAGAGAAAGAGAGUAGAUAAAACCCGAGUGCAAAAAAAACUCGUUUCCCUGUACGAUUUGCCAAACCUCCUUUGGCGCAAUUAGAAACGAUUCACUAUCUUGUUGUUAAUGUUUAAAUAAAGGCACAACGACACGAUGUUCAAACGUUUGCCUA